AUGGUAGAAGAGUGGAACUCAAAUGCCUCUUUCUCAUCUUAUUAUAAACAGUGUGCUCCUCAAGAAUGUACAUAUACAUAUUCCGGUCAUAAUAAUGUCGUUUAUAUUGUGACAACGAUCAUUGGAUUAGUCGGCGGUCUGACAAAAGUGUUACAAGUUAUUAUUCCACCAACAGUUGAAUUUGUGAGGAAAAAAAAGCGACCUAAACAAGAAGUUGCAGCAUUAUUUAUACUCACUGUUUACACGGCAUUGAUUGAUGUUACAAUAACACAUACGGUUGCUUCGCCAUCAUUGAAGCAAUACGAGAAACUGUACGAAGACUAUCCCUUAACACUCUCCUGUCCAUUAUUGCAGCAGGGAUUUUGUGUUGCUGAAUUGGAUCAAUUAUUCAAAUAG